AUGCCGCAUACAAUAGCAACUCCGCCAUCAUUGAAUGGAGUUUUUACCAACGGGCCGCCAGUGAUAUCUUUAAGUACUCUCGCCUCCCAAAAUAGGCUAAUGGAACUAUCACGCUUUGGACUUCGUGGCUAUGAUUUAGCUCAGCAUUUGCUUUCCCAACAAAAUGCGGUUUCUAAACUACUAGGUACGCUGAGACCACCUGGUUUAAUUGGAGGAUCAAAACCAAAAGUUGCUACCCCAGCUGUAGUAUCAAAUAUUGAACAAUAUAAACGUGAGAACCCUACAAUAUUUGCGUGGGAAAUUCGAGAGCGACUGAUAUCUGAAGGUGUUUGUACGAAUGCCACAGCACCAUCAGUAUCAUCAAUAAAUAGAAUUCUACGAAAUAGAGCUGCAGAAAGAGCUGCUGCUGAAUUUGCACGUGCCGCUAGUUAUGGCUACAUGAAUCCGCAACUUCCAUAUGCAAGUUUCCCAACAUGGCCAACACCAUUGCCGACAGCACAUCAACUGUGGCAUCCAAGUACCAAUCAGAAUGCAAUUUUAGAAAAACCUAUCGAUAAAACAGGUAUUGAUCAGAGCCAUUUAAAUAUUUCACUUACUGGAACAUCACCAACAUCUAGUGGACAUGACACAAUAGGAUCUCCAGAAGCCAACAGAAUGAUUGAUAUUGAAGGUGAGGAUUCAGAUUCGGAUGAUAGUGAUCAACCAAAAUUUCGACGUAAUCGAACAACAUUCAGCCCUGAUCAACUGGAGGAGCUGGAAAAAGAAUUUGAAAAGUCACACUAUCCAUGCGUAAGCACACGGGAAAAGUUGGCCUCACGCACAUCUCUUAGCGAAGCAAGAGUUCAGGUUUGGUUUUCCAACAGACGAGCGAAAUGGCGGCGACAUCAACGUGUGAAUCUAUUACGGAAAAGGGGCUCAAUAUCACCACAAAAUCAUUCAUCACCAAUAAAUUUCUCUACGGAACCGCAUUUCUCCCACAAACUGCCGCAAAUACUGUCAAGAAUAACGGGAGUCGACAGUUCAUUGGAACCAAUGAAUCUGAACCAACAUCAAACCCUACUAUAUCCAACAUAUCAAUGUGUGGAGAACUCAAUGUACCACGACAUCGGCGAAAAAACACUGAACCCGUCAGCGCCAGCUUCAAGCAUUACUCCCAUCCAUACCGAAAAUCCACAUAUAAGUCCGCCUCCAGCGGAAUCGAACAACAAGAGUCCAAAUCGUCAGCAGAGACAAAUAAUGGAUGCAAUGCUUUCAUCACACACAGCAUCAGUUCCAUUAUUAAUGGGAGGUGAAAAUAGUGCGUUUAAAUCCAUAAACAUCCACCCACCAGGCUCGGCUAGAGCUCUCGCCAAGAAUGAUACUUCACAAUAUCUGGACUCAUCCACAUUGGAAAUCAGUGCAAAGCAACCCGUAAACCAAAAACAUAAAAAUACGAUGGCCGCCGCACCUUCAUCACUUAAAAAAUUUGCAUCAAUUACAAUUAAUAGUAUGACGAACGGAAGUAAUAGUGACAUUGACAUUGACCGUGAUAGUGCUAGUGACGUCGAAAACGUUAAGAAUAAUAAAAACAGUAAUAAUAAUAAUAAUAACAAUAAUAGAUUUAAUAAUGAUACAAAUAAUAAUAUUCACACAAUUUAG